AUGAAAGCAUUUGAUGAUGAAGCUGUGGAGCUAGCUGCUUACCAGCUUAGAGAUGUGGCCGGCACUUCGUUUGAGAUUAAGGAUAGGGAAGCUAAGGCUACAGAGUUCGAACAGCUCAAGCAAGGGAAUAAAAGUGUGCAAGAGUACUACAUGGAAUUCAUAAGGUUAGCUAAGCAUGCUCCUCACAUGGUGAAGACUGAAAAAACAAAGAUUCGCAGGUUUGUUGGCGAUUUAGCUUACCACAUUAAGGAUACGAUAUCAGCUGCAGCAGUAGGGAUGGAAGCCUUCUCCUCUGUUGUGGGAUUUUCCAAGCACUUAGAUAAAGACAGACAACUAAGGAGAGAAGAAAAAGAGCAUAACAAGAAAGCCCGGACAACGGGCAAGUUUAAUGGUACAUCCAGCGGAGGUGGAAGGGAUUCCUCUAAUAAGGAGUCAUUAGCACCAGCUCAGUCCAGUCAUCAGUCAGGUUGUGGGACUUCCUUCAGACGUACUCAGAGUUAUGGAAAUCAGUCUCGCCAGAAUCAGAAUUUUAGGACAUCAUCCUUACAUAGCCAGAAUCAUGCUGAGCAACAUUCACACCAGCAAAGUCUUUGUGGAACAUGUAAGCGGCAACAUUCAGACAUUGGUCAUAUAAAGGCCAAUUGCCCAAAGUUACGACGUAAUUUCAGUGGUGGAUCAACUCGUCCUUCUAGUUCCUCAGCUACUGCAGUUGCACCCUCUCAGGCUCGUGGUUCUCAUAAUCAGAUCGGGUAUGUAGCAGGUAGAGGUGCAGACCAAGUUACUUAA